CUCGCCUUUAUUGUAAGAGGGCGGCAAAAUCGGUUUAGGUUACAGUGCGUUUAGGUAUCUGUAGGAAUCGCUCUUUUCUGUGUAAGUCUACACUUCGAUGUAAAAAUAAAAAUUUGUCAUGACAGAGAGGUAAAAUUUGCGCAGACCAUUGAAUAAAAUCGUAUUCGUACACCGCGCAAUGUCCAAUACGAUACGAGUAUAGAGUUCUGUCAGUUUGGUGGAAUAUGGCGAAAGUGAGUAUCGGGUUUUGUGAUGAUAUAAGUGCAAUCGUGUGACUUGACUUGAUAUGUUUGAAAAUGGAUAAUAACAUGAUCAAGAAAGUGUGAUAAUUGUUUAAAUUGAACUUGUUUAUUUGGGUUCUUUACGAAAAACAAGCAAAAUGUCGACAGACAAGAUUAAAGUUGCUGUUAGGCUCCGUCCUUUUAACCGAAGGGAACUUGAACUUGGAACACAAUGCGUCGUAGAGAUGGAUGAUCAUCAAACUAUUAUUCAUCAAUCUACGAUUCUAGAUAAAGUAGAACGAAAACAACCAAAAACCUUUGCUUUCGACCACUGUUUUUGUUCAGUGGAUCCGAACCAAAAAAACUUUGCGUCCCAGGAAGUCGUUUUCGAUUCACUAGGAAGAGAUAUACUUGACAAUGCGUUCCAAGGAUACAAUGCAUGCAUUUUCGCUUAUGGACAAACAGGUUCUGGAAAAUCUUAUACUAUGAUGGGUUCACAAGACAGCAAAGGCAUUAUACCAAGGCUAUGCGACACGUUAUUUGAUCUAAUAGCUAAGCGACAAAAUUCAGAACUAUCUUAUAAAGUAGAAGUGAGCUACAUGGAAAUUUAUAAUGAACGGGUGCACGAUCUACUAGAUCCACAAACCAACAAACAGUCCCUAAAAGUACGCGAGCACAAUGUUUUGGGACCUUAUGUGGAUGGCUUAUCACAGCUUGCAGUAACAGCAUUUCAGGACAUCGAUAACUUAAUGGCAGAAGGCAAUAAAUCAAGGACUGUAGCAGCAACGAAUAUGAAUAGUGAAUCGUCUCGAUCUCAUGCAGUGUUCACUGUAAUCCUAACUCAAACUUUGUUAGACACCAAAAGUGGAGUGACAGGAGAAAAAGUAAGUCGAAUGUCUUUGGUAGAUCUAGCUGGAUCCGAAAGAGCUGUGAAAACUGGAGCAGUAGGAGAUCGACUUAAAGAAGGUUCUAACAUCAACAAAUCCCUGACUACUCUUGGUCUAGUCAUCUCUAAACUGGCAGAUCAGUCGUCUGGCAAACAAAAGGACAAAUUUGUGCCAUACAGGGACUCAGUAUUAACCUGGUUACUUAAAGAUAAUUUAGGAGGUAACAGCAAGACUGUGAUGGUGGCUACAAUUUCACCUGCGGCAGACAAUUUUGAAGAAACUUUAUCCACUUUGAGAUAUGCUGACAGGGCAAAGAGAAUUGUUAAUCAUGCUGUGGUUAAUGAAGAUCCUAAUGCCCGGAUGAUUAGAGAAUUAAGAGCGGAAGUUGAGACUCUGAAGGAGAUGUUGAAACAUGCAACAGGUUCUCCAGUAGGUGACAUACAACGAGUGGACAUCCACCAAAAAUUAAGUGAGAGUGAGAAGCUUUAUAAAGAAGUAUCCCAAACCUGGGAAGAAAAAUUAAUGAAAACGGAACGAAUACAAAAUGAGCGACAGCAAGCUCUAGAGAAAAUGGGCAUUAGCAUUCAAGAUUCUGGCAUUAAAGUAGAGAAAAAUAAAUACUAUCUAGUAAAUUUGAAUGCAGAUCCAUACCUGAAUGAAUUGUUAGUAUAUUACUUAAAGGAUCGCACUGUAGUUGGACAAAGAACAUCGGGAUCAGAUUUUGAGCCUGAUAUACAACUCUCAGGUUUGGGUAUACAGCCAGAACAUUGUGUAAUUACUAUAGAAGAAAAUGGAUUGUUCCUUGAACCUCUUGCCAAUGCCAGAUCCUGUGUAAAUGGAUCUCAAGUUAGUCAGAAAACACAAUUGAGACAUGGAGACAGAAUUGUCUGGGGAAAUCAUCAUUAUUUCAGAGUUAACUGCCCCAGAUCUAUUUCUGCUACAUCCGAGCCUCAAACUCCAGCACAAAAUAUCGAUUAUAAUUUUGCACGAGAUGAGCUUAUGUCCAACGAGCUUAGUAAUGAUCCUAUACAAGCUGCGAUAGCUCGUUUAGAAAAACAACAUGAAGAAGAUAAACAAGUUGCAUUAGAAAAACAAAGAAUUGAAUAUGAAAGACAAUUUCAACAAUUUCGUAACAUGGUAUCACCUUCUACCCCAUAUUCUCCAUAUUCUUAUGAUCCAUUGAGGAUAGGUUUUGGUAAAACAACCCCCUGCACACCCACUACUCAGAUGCGAGUAGAGAAAUGGGCACAAGAGCGUGAUGAAAUGUUUAGAAGAAGCAUUGGGCAGCUCAAGGAAGACAUUUUGAGAGCGAAUUCUUUGGUGCAAGAAGCUAAUUUUUUGUCGGAAGAAAUGGGACGGCAGACUAAAUUUAGUGUAACUUUGCAAAUACCUCCUGCUAAUUUAAGUCCAAAUAGAAAGAAAGGAGCAUUUGUUAGCGAACCAGCCAUUUUAGUGAAAAGGGGCCUUUCUAGUCAGGUAUGGUCUAUGGAGAAACUGGAAAACAAAAUCAUUGAUAUGAGAGAAAUCUAUGAGGACCAAAGCAGGACAAAUAGUUUUAGUGAGGAAGAUGAAUUGUUAGGGAAAGAUCCAUUUUUUGAAUCACAAGAGAAUCACAAUUUAAUUGGUGUGGCAAAUAUAUUUUUAGAAGCUCUAUUUUAUGAUGUAAGUUUGGAUUACCAUACACCUAUAAUAAGCCAACAAGGAGAAGUGGCAGGACGUUUACAGGUUGAGUUAACUCGUGUGGCAGGUGCCUUACCCCAAGAUAGAAUUUGUGAAGCUGCUUCAGACAAUUUGUCAGAUUGCAGUCACGAAGAUGACGACCCAGUUAGCUCCUCAUUAACAUGUCGUGUACACAUAAAACAAGCAACCGGAUUACCUAUCUCAUUGUCUCACUUCGUUUUCUGUCAUUACACCUUCUGGAAUCACGAAUCAGUUGUAGUACCUGACAAGAACUCUGCUGAAACGACGUAUGAAAAUAAUCAGAACCAUUCCACUAAUGCUAAAUUUGAAGAUUCAAGAGAAUUUACAGUUACUCUUUCAGAGGAGUUCAUAGAACACUGUGCAGAAGGAGCAUUAUCCAUAGAAGUAUGGGGGAACAGAAGUGCAGGUUUUUCCAAAUACAAACCUGGUUGGGAAGUCGAACAACAACUGGCAACUGCGAGAUCCCUAAUUGACAGAUGGUCAGAGUUAACUAGAAAAAUAGAAUUAUGGGUUGAAAUUCAAGAGCUAAAUGAUUUAGGAGAAUACGCUGCUGUGGAAGUCCUCAUGAAAAAUGAUAUGUUAACUGGAGGUGUUUAUCAACUACGGCAAGGACAGCAAAGAAGAAUACACGUAAGAGUAAAACCAACUCAAAACUCUGGCACGUUGCCGAUUAUAUGUCAGCAAAUAAUUAAAAUAGAAGUAGGAGGCGUAAUGGUAAGGAAUCGUCUUCAAAAACCUUUGGAUUCUUACCAAGAAGAAGAUCUCACAGCUUUGAGAGAAAAAUGGAAUGAUGCACUACAAAAGCGUAAGCAAUAUCUGCACUCCCAACUACAAAAUUUAUCUGAGAAAGCUGAUAAGACAGAACAAGAUCUUGAAAGAGAAAAAAGUCUUAUGGAACAAUUAGUUAAUUUGACUGAAGAAACAAAUGCAGUAUAUGUACCACAGCCAGGAACUGGUAUUCCUGGUGCACCAGCAAAGUGGAAUCCACCUCCUGGGAUGGAACCACAUAUUCCAGUAUUGUUUUUAGAUUUAAAUGCCGACGAUCUUUCCACUCAUCCAUCUGGAGAAGAAGUAACAGUAUCCGGUAUAAAUUCUAUUUUACCAAAAGAGGAUGGAAGACAAUUUUAUGAACUUAAAAUUUUGCAACAUUUGGAAAAGGACGUAUGCGCCGUUGCCAGCUGGGAUUCUUCAAUUCAUGAUAGUCAAUACCUUAAUAAAAUUACAGAACCUAACGAAAGAGUUUAUAUGAUAUUGAGAAUAACAGUCCGCUUGUCACAUCCAGCACCAAUGGACUUGGUAUUAAGAAAACGUCUUGCUAUCAACAUUUAUAAGAAGCAAAGUCUAACAGAACGAAUUAAAAAAAGGAUAGUGAGAACCGAUCUUGUAACAACUUGUGGUGUUACUUACUUAGUUGUAUCUAACGUACCGAAAGCUAGUGAAGAAUUAGAAGAUAGGGAAAGUCUUGCUCAGUUAGCAGCUUCUGGGGAUAACAGUACUUCUUUGUGUGAUGGAGAAACUUACAUAGAAAAAUACACUAGGGGAGUGAGUGCAGUUGAAAGUAUUUUAACUUUGGAUCGUCUACGUCAGAGUGUAGCUGUUAAAGAACUGUUACAAGCCAAAGGACAACCUCUCAUGAGGAAAACUGUCAGUGUUCCAAAUAUCUCUCAGACUUUGGAAACAAAGGGGCUGUUGAGAUUUGAUACUUUGAGCACCGAAUCCUUACACAUGUCAAGGUCAGAAAGUGUUUCGGAUUUGAACAGCGAACUGCAUGGUAUAACUGCUUUGAGAUCAAGAAGCAGUAUAGGAAAAGAUAGUGAAAUUACACCACCCAAAACUUAUGGAGGUUUGGCCCGCCCCACAUUCCUAAAUCUGAACUUAAAUUUGAAUUCCCUAAGAUUGCAACAGCCAACGAGCGCUACCAAAAUUUUCUCUGGUAUAACUUCACCAGCCAAUGCUAAGAUAGGCUUAAGAAUGACCACCCUGCAUGAAGAGCCCUCAAAAACAUUGCCACGAAAGCAUUCUUUCGAUUUUCUUGACGAGCUCAUUGAGGAACAAGGAGAAGAUGGUUUAGAUGACAAAAGAAGUCACCAGUAUAAUCAUCGGGGUGGAAAGAGUACAAAACGGGCCCUUUUACCUACAUCCCGUACCUUAGAUUCUCUCACCGAAUUAGCGCCCAAAACCAGCACUCCAUCCGCUAGUUCUAGCGGAUACGGUUCCCAAGCUGUAUCAAUCACUAAUCUUUCUAGUGACGACUCUUUGUCCUUAAAAAGUAUUAGUGUCGACGAUACACCUGAUUUGGAGUGUAAACCUCUUCAUGUGGAAGCACAGUCCAUUUUAAGAGCUGAAAAAGUUGUGUCGCAUGUUAUGAGAUUAACGUUACCGGAAGAUGACACAGAAGACACAGCUACAAAUGAAGAAAGUUCAGAAGAUAUGGUGCAGAGUUCAAACAGCGAUUCAAACUUAACACAAGAAAAAGAAAAUAUAAUUAAACUAAGUUUGUCACCUGGUAGGGUAGUGAGAAGAAAAAAACAUUCUACAAAAAAUUCUAUUGCGAAAUCUUUAUCGGCAUCACAACGACGUUCCAGUUUGAGAAAUCGGUCAAUGGAGAAAUUGGAUAAUAUGAGUCUAAGUAUAUCAUCACAUGAAGCUGAUUUAAUGAACACUUCUUCGGACAGAUUUGAAGAUGAUCGGCAUAGUAGCUAUGGGUCAAGACAUGACCUAUCCAAAAUUUCAGAUUUUCCAGUCCCUGAAUGGGUCGUGUUGGGUGAAAGUGUUCUUAUCAGGCCUUCCAAUUCAUCUGGGGUGGUUGCUUAUAUUGGCGAAACCGAUUUCGCAUCGGGAAUUUGGAUUGGAGUAGAGCUAGAUGCACCUAAAGGUAAAAAUGAUGGGAGCAUCAAUGAAGUUCGUUAUUUUACUUGCAAACCAAAACACGGAAUGUUUGUCAGAGCUGACAAAUUAACUCUCGACCGUAGAGGCAGGGCAAUGAGAUUGGAUAAAGCAGCCAACUUGCUUUAUAAAGAUGGCACUCUGCAAAGAUCAAAGUCAAGGAAUAGCGGAUUAAACAACGUUGGAACUCGAGUGAGCUCAAAGGCAAAGUAAAGCAACAUUAACUCUGAAAAACAUAGGUAUAUUUGGCUUCAGUUGGGGCACAAGAAUCGCAGUUUUCAGAAAAUAAAAAAAUCGAUUAUUGGUAUAAGCCAAAUUUUAGAGAAACCAUUUUAUUAUAUAGACUCAUUAUAUAACCAUCCAUUAGAUCCACCCUAAUUGCUUCCAUUAGCCCCUGGAUUAACCUGGCACAUUUAUAUUUGUACGUGUGCCGUCCAUGGCAUGGCAUAAAAUGUAAUCGUCCUUGCCAUUUUAUAGUUCCAAAUAUGCACUUUAUACACUGUUUGUGUUGCACGCUAUUUAUUCCAUAGGUAAUAUUUUAAUUAUUAUUUAAUUGAGGGGUAAACAUCAAUUAUGAUGAGAGUUUAUAAUAAGAUAAUUGAGGAUCAUAGGUAAAUUGUACCUAGGCAAAAUUUAAUAACUUGCAAUAGCAAUAUUUAAAGACAAUGACUUACCUUAGUUGCACAAAAGGUCCAAUCUAGGUAUGUGUUUCUGAUGUCUGUUUAACUUCAGAACUUUCAGUUACUACAAAAUUUUUUGAAUAUGUUACCCUAAAAAUGUUGCUCAUUUAAUAACUGUACUCAAUGUAGGUAGUUAUGUAGAUAAUUUCUAUUUAUUAGAGAUCGCGGAACUAUUUUUGAGGUAAAUGCACGCACACUGCAACUUUUAGUUGAACAUUUUCUAAACCAAUAUUUAUGUAUGGCACAAAGGAAAAUAUCAAGUGACCUUUUACCUUCUGAAAAUGACCAUCCAAUUUUUUUCUUAUUAUUAUGUUCUCAUAUAAAAGGAAUCUACAUAGUUGUUAUUCAUAUAAUUUAAAAUAAAACGUACCUCCUAUAGUUUUACGCCAAUUUGAUGGAAAUUCUCUGUCGCGCAUACUUUGCACUUAAAUUGGUUAUUGUUAAGUUUUCUCAUUCAUAGAGAGUUGAAGAAAAAAAAUUAAUUGUACUGCUUGCAUUAAAAUUACCUUAACAAUAAUAUCAAUUUACUAAAAUCAAAUCAAGACAAGAUGCUCAGCAGGUGUGGUGGAAGUUACCUCAUGAACAUUUUCAAAAGCAAGCGUCCGUUGUAAAUUCCUUGAUUUUUUGACAUUCGCCUUUGUGACCUCUUUGUGCUAUUAGGGUAUUUUAUUAUCAAUAAACAACUGCAACUUUUAUCGAAAAAAUCCAAAAGUUUUUAUCCCUCGAGUGAUACAGAAAAAAGAAGCCAACAAGCUCUGCAAUAAUUUUUGUUGUAUAUGUUCAGCCACAUACAUAUCUACCUCUGCUUCUGUAACAGCACAAUUGACCAGUGAAAUAAAAUAAGUGUUGCUAAAGAGUGUGGUAGAUUGUUCUUGUUUUUUAUUGUAGCAUUAUAUUUUUAGAACAAACACUUGUAAGCACUGACCAAGUUGUGUUUGUUGCGUCACUAGGUUUUCUUGUUUUUAAGCAUUUAUUUCUGUGAUAUUGUUAGUUCGCACAGGAGCACUAUCAAAAUCACCAAGCUACACGUUAUUUUUUUAGUAACAAACAAUUUUAUAAUAUGCCAACUGUUAAGUCUUGUGUAGUUUGGCUAGCUUUGUUGGACCGCAUUCAACAAAACAUAAUUUUGCGUGUGCUAUAAAUCUAAGCCAAUUUUUAGAUUAUAAGAGAAUAAUAUGUUACAUUAAAUUAUGAAAUUAGAAGUCAGGCAUAAAGUAUUUAAAAAUUAUCUGUGUCUUUAGAUUAGGGUAAACUCAAUAGCUGAUAUAUUUUUGCUGAUAUUUUUUGCAAAAUAAAUGUUGUUAAAUUUGAUUCAGCCAUAUAGAGGGUGCUAGAGCCAAAAAAAUUGAAUUUUGCCGUUUGAAUAACCACGAAGGUAACAAGAUGUGGUUUGGAGAGGAUGAGUUAAGAUUUAUUGAUGAUGUGCUAAAUUUCCAAACAAAACUAAAUUGUAAAUGAACCAUCAGAAAACCAUCUACCCACUCUUGAAAAAAAAUGUAUAGGUCAUUAGAAAACUCUUAAAUUUCUCAAUGCUUAUCUGUGCAGACAAGCUCUUACAAAAAAAUGGUGAAAACUAUUAAAAAAACCUCCUGAUUGAACUACAUUUUGUAAUUUUUGUUACUUUGACACUGCAAAAUAUCACAUUUUUGGAUAAAACAUCCUGUAUUUAAUUAUUAUGUGAUUUAUCUACCACCCAUAAUAUCAACAUGGAAAAGUAAUAAGCUGAAUUAGUUUUUAAAAUUAUUAAGAGAAUAGGGAAUUAUUCUCUAUUCAUUAACCAAUGCAUUCCAUGUUACAUUUAUUGUAUAAGACGCAAUAUCUUCUAGUCCAAUAUGAUUUAUAUAAUUAUUAUUGCUCAGUGAUGUGUUUUAAAUCACCAACCACAACCAAGGUUUAGUCGUCCAAAUUGAUUAGUCUUUUGACAUUGAUCAUAUAGAAUAAAAACUAGACCUUUCUACCUGUCCAUUCUAAAAUAAAUUCUGUCCAGUUUAAUAAAAUUAGGAGUUGUAUCUCUAAUAAUUGAGUGGACUAUUAUUUUUUCGUGUGGUUCAAUAAAUGUUAAUAAUAUGUGUAUACAUUGAAUUGUAAAAAGGGAAGGAGAGUUUAAAAUAGCAUUGAGGAGAGGCAGUCCUUUGAUAAUAUAGAAUGUUUGCUCAUACUUAAUUAUGUAUUUUUGUCAGCAAAAUAGCCAAUAUGAAAAAAUUCUGGCAGUACCACUCUUAUUGUGCUAAGAUUUAAAGAAAAAAUGUAUAAUAUUAAUAUUAUAUCUCAUAUUCUGGCUGUAUAUUUUUUUUUUUAUACAAAAGCCCAUUCAAUAAUAGAUUUCUUCAAAUCUUUUGAAGAGCAAUAUAGUAACUUUCCGAUUUGUUCAUACAUUUGCUUUCAAGUUUUAAUGAUUAUCAAUACAUGUCAUAAUUUCAAACACUUCCCUCACUUUUUAUAAAUCAGUGUAUUUUUUACUUUAGCCUUAAGCGUCAAGAUAUUUCCAAAUUUAAAUUAUUUUAGAAAAUGUAAAGAAAAAAUGUCCACUCCAAAUUCAUUAAAUUUAUAUUCAUAAACAUUAAAAACUAUGUAGCUUCAAUUGAAACUCUUUGUACACAUACAUAAGAAUAUUUUUUGGUAUCACAAAUUGUAAUAUAGACAUACAUAGGUACACAUUCAAUAUCUAUUUUGCAUUAUUUAAAAUAUAAAAAUACUUAACCAUAAAAUGCAGUAUAAUAGUGAUAAACAUUUGUCAUUUUUUAGGCAAUAUUCAAAUAAUUUGAAGUAUUUGUAGCAAUAAUGUAAGUAGAAAAUAUUUUUAAUAAUAGGUAUAUUUGCAAAAGAUCAGUUUUUAGUCAUUAUUCAAUAAAAUAUUUUUUGUGUAACCAGUGUAACCAAUUUAUUAAUAAUUUUAUUUUUUACGAAUCACAUACCUAUUAUGCUUUCCUAUCAAAAAACACUAUACAUGCAUAAUGGUGACCUCUAUUCUAGGUCCGUUUAUAAUAACCUCUGUACAUUUAGGAAUGUAAAUAAGAAAAUAACCAUUUUAAUUACAACUGUCUUUGAAAUGAACAAAACGCUUAUCUACUACUUGUUUUUUUUUUUGUGGGUUUUGUUGAAUUUUUAGUUAUUUGUAAAUUAGCGGCAAUUGUAAGUUUAUAGAUAUAAAUAUUUUAUAUAUUGUGUAUAUUUUUUUUUGUUGUUUAUAAUUAUUAAAUUAUUUUAAAUUUUCCAGUUUCAGAAAACUGAUUAUUUGUAGCUGUGGUCUUACAUGCAAAAUAAAAAAUAUAUAAAUAUUUGAUUCUUCUCUUUCCUUUUUAUAGAAUCCAAAUUUUUAGAACAAUAACUGCAUAAUACCAUAAUACUGAUUAAUUGAAAUUAUAUUCUUUUAUUUUAAAUAUCAGCAUGAAAAUGACGUUUCUCAGUCAUUUUGAUUACAAUUAUUAAUAUAUUAUAAAGAGGUAAUAGGUACAUAUAAAAUAAAGGCAAUUUCAACAGACGCAUCCUAGGCUAAGUUUUUUGCGAGAGCUCUCGAAAAACAUGUAUUCCUGAAAAAAAAAAACAAUAGUAUUCAUACUUCUAGUAAAUGGUUUAACGUUUCUAGAAUGGCCAAUGAAAAUAAAACAUUAUUUUUGGAGUUUCUCAAAGAGAAAUAUUUUUGCGUAUCCAUCUUUCAAUGUAGUGAGUAGCACUCUCACUAACCCCUAAAAAUUUAAAUCUUUUCAAGUGGAAUAUUCAUACACUUGGAUACCAGCACAAAUACAAGACCACAAUGAAAAACGCCAAUGGUGGCAUGGAAAUUAAAGAGACGAAGGUCAACUCAAGGAGCACGGAGGAGGCUAAACGUUUUUCUGGAAAGGGAAGAAAGAGAAUACAGAAUAUACGUCGAAUCCACAGAGUCGGUUUCGCCAUGAAAAAUGAAUGGAUGAACCAUUUGCUGAGCUUCCAUCCGGAAUAUGCGAAAGACUGAUGACACUGCGGCUUAACCUCAGCAACAACCAACAAGUUAUGCCAAUCAGCGCCUACGCAACAAUGAUCACAACUGACGAGAACCAAGAAGGGGAAUUUCAUGCCCAGCUUUAUGAAACCAUAUCAUCUGUACCUAGAUCUGAUAAAUUUGUUCUCUUAGGUGAUUUUAACGCCCAGGUCAGUACACAGUCAGAUCUAUGGAAAGGUGUGAUCGGCGAGAAAGGGGUCGGUAAAAUGAACUCGAACGGAGUUCGGCUACUAACCACAUGCUCAGAAUAUGGCCUUAUAAUGUCGAAUACACUUUUUUGGCAAAAGAAAAAAUUCAAGACUUCCUGGCAACACCCUAGGUCAAAGCACUAGCAUCUAAUCGAUUAGGUAUAUAAUUGUACGUUCCGGCUGGAACGAGCCAGAAUGAACUUGCGCAUUCUACCAAGGCGAAGAUGUCAAAAAAAGCAGUUCAAACGCAAAUUUACCAUUGAACUCCUUCAAGACGAUCAUAUCAGGACAAACUUCAAAGUCUCUCUAAGCCAGAAACUUCGGCACUGAGGAGCACUGGAAUAUAUUGAAGACCGCAAUAUAUGCUACAUGACUCGAUGAAAAUAAACAUCAAGAGUGGUUUGAUGAGAACACACUUGACUAUAAAUUAAAGACAUAGAGAAAUUUUCAGUCAUCGCUAACGAAAAUCUUUAAUUGUUUGAUAAAAUACCAAUUUGGAUAAGAAAUAAAAAUGCG